AUGUCUCAGGUUCCACUGGCUUCUCCAUGUGACCCCUACAACACCACCGGGCAAUCGCAGUCGGAGUUGCAGCAACAACAACAACAACCCGCUCAACAGCAACAACAGCAGCAGCAGCAACAACAACAGGCACCUCCUCCGCAACCGUUGGGUCAAGUGAAUCAAGAACCCGAUUUUCUACGCAAUCUUAUGGUAAAUUAUAUUCCAACUACUGUUGAUGAGGUGCAACUCCGGCAGUUGUUUGAGCGCUUCGGGGCAAUUGAGUCGGUUAAAAUUGUGUGUGAUCGGGAGACUCGUCAAAGUCGCGGUUAUGGUUUCGUGAAGUUUCAGAGCGCCUCGAGUGCUCAACAGGCGAUUGCAUCAUUGAAUGGUUUUGUAAUCCUCAACAAACGACUGAAGGUAGCGCUGGCUGCUAGCGGUCAUCAACGUGGGCGUAACAUGAACAAUGGUUUCAAUGCGUAUGGCGGUUAUGGCGGGUAUGGUGGCUAUGGUGCUUAUCCUCCCGUUGCUAAUCCAUAUGCACAACAACAAAUGAUGGCAAUGUAUCAGCAGUAUAUGAUGCAUGCACCGCCUCAACAAACUCAACUUCCCCCACCACCACCUCCGCAGCAGGCACCGGGUCAAACUGGGCAACAAAGCGGUCGGCCUGCCCGUAAAUGA